CUUUCCAUUUCUCUUCCCCCCCUCCCCUUUCCCAUUCUUGCUCCCCCCCCCCCCUCCCAGCUCCGUGGAGCAUUUCCCGGGACCUGCCAGCAUGUCUGCAUUCAGGGGGGGGCUACUAUUCCUUUCCUUCCUGGUGCUGGUCCUGGGACAAGCCAUGGAUUUUACAGAUUACAGCGAUGUCCUGGAAGAAGAAGAAGAAACAGAUCCAAUUGACUAUAAAGAUCCCUGCAAAGCUGCUGCCUUUAUAGGAGAUAUCGCGUUGGAUGAGGAGGACCUCAAGUUGUUCCAGGUGGACAGGAUUGUGGACCUCACACGACACACAAUUGAAAGAACUGCUACUAAUACUUCAGGGAAAGAUGCAAACAGCACCGCCAUCAGACCUGGAAGGCAGCAGAGGAGACGAUGGAAACAGGGCUGGGGACGGCCUCGGAGUCGGCGGGCUGCCACUUCCCGCCCUGAGCGGGUGUGGCCAGAUGGAGUAAUUCCUUAUGUGAUCAGUGGGAAUUUCACUGGCAUCCAGCGAGCUAUCUUUCGGCAGGCCAUGCGCCAUUGGGAGAAGCAUACCUGUGUCACCUUCUUGGAGCGAACCGAUGAAGAUAGCUACAUUGUGUUUACAAACAGGCCAUGUGGGUGCUGUUCCUAUGUGGGGCGCAGAGGAGGAGGACCCCAGGCCAUAUCUAUUGGGAAAAACUGUGACAAAUUUGGCAUUGUGGUGCAUGAGCUAGGCCACGUCAUUGGGUUUUGGCAUGAGCACACGCGCCCAGACCGGGAUGCUCAUGUGUCCAUUUUUCGUGAAAAUAUCCAACCAGGGCAGGAGUACAACUUCCUGAAGAUGGAAUUUGAAGAGGUGGAAUCCUUAGGCGAAACGUACGAUUUUGACAGCAUAAUGCACUAUGCCAGGAACACCUUUUCCAAGGGGAUCUUCUUAGACACCAUUCUUCCCAAAUAUAAUGUGAAUGGGAUGCAGCCCUCCAUUGGACAGCGAACCCGGCUGAGCAAAGGAGAUAUUGCCCAGGCACGCAAACUCUACAAAUGCUCUCUUUGUGGAGAAACACUGCAAGACAGUCAAGGAAAUUUCUCCUCACCUGAUUUUCCCAAUGGAUAUUCUGCACACAAGCAUUGCAUCUGGAGAAUAUCAGUCACUCCAGGGGAAAAGAUCAUGCUGAACUUUACAUCCCUGGAUCUAUACCGCAGCCGGCUAUGUUGGUAUGACUACGUGGAGGUGAGAGACGGGUUCUGGAGGAAAGCACCUCUACGAGGUAGGUUCUGUGGAAGUAAACUCCCAGACUCAAUUCUCUCCACUGACAGCCGCCUUUGGAUUGAAUUCCGCAGUAGCAGCAACUGGGUUGGCAAAGGAUUCUUUGCAGUCUAUGAAGCCAUCUGUGGGGGAGAUAUGAAGAAAGACAAUGGGCACGUCCAGUCUCCCAACUAUCCUGAUGACUAUCGACCCAACAAAUUGUGCACUUGGAAGAUCACUGUUUCAGAAGGAUACCAUGUUGGCCUCACUUUCCUGUCCUUUGAGAUCGAGCGUCACGACAACUGUGCUUAUGACUACCUGGAGAUUCGGGAUGGUAGUACAGAGUCAGAUCCUGUGAUUGGAAGGUAUUGUGGCUAUGACAGGCCUGACGACAUUAAGAGCACCUCCAACAAAUUAUGGAUGAGGUUUGUUUCCGACGGGUCCAUCAACAAGGCUGGUUUUGCAGUCAACUACUUCAAAGAAGUGGAUGAAUGCUCAAGACCAAACAACGGUGGGUGUGAGCAGCGUUGUGUGAAUACUCUGGGCAGCUAUAAGUGUGCCUGUGAGCCUGGCUAUGAGUUGGCCCCGGACAAACGCAAGUGUGAAGCUGCCUGUGGCGGGGUCCUCACCAAACUUAAUGGCUCCAUCACAAGUCCUGGAUGGCCGAAGGAAUAUCCACCCAACAAGAAUUGUAUCUGGCAGCUGGUGGCACCUGUUCAGUAUCGUAUAUCCCUGCUAUUUGACUUCUUUGAGACAGAAGGCAAUGAUGUAUGCAAGUACGACUUCGUAGAAGUGCGCAGCGGCGUCAAUUCUGAAGCCAAGCUACAUGGGAAGUUUUGUGGAGCAGAAAAGCCCGAUGUGAUCACCUCCCAGUACAACAACAUGCGCAUUGAAUUCAAGUCUGACAACACCGUUUCCAAGAAGGGUUUCCGAGCUCACUUCUUCUCAGACAAAGACGAAUGUUCGAAGGAUAAUGGGGGAUGCCAACACGAAUGUCUCAACACUUUUGGCAGUUAUGAAUGCCAGUGCCGUAGCGGCUUUGUGCUGCAUGACAACAAGCAUGACUGUAAAGAAGCUGGCUGUGAUCACAAGAUGACAACCAUCACUGCAACCAUCACCAGCCCAAACUGGCCUGAUAAAUACCCAAGCAAAAAGGAAUGUACCUGGGCAAUCACAACUACACCAGGACACCGUAUCAAACUGAUCUUCAGGGAACUGGAUAUUGAACUCCACCAAGAAUGCACGUAUGAUCACUUAGAGGUUUACAAUGGAAAAGAUGCCAGAUCUCCUGUUCUGGGACGAUUCUGUGGAUCUAAAGAACCGGAUCCUAUCAUCUCUACUAGCAACAGGAUGUUCCUCAGGUUCUUUUCAGACAACUCCAUUCAAAAGAAAGGCUUUGAGGCAACAUAUACAUCAGAAUGUGGGGGCCAGGUACGAGCGGAAGUGAAAACCAAGGAUCUCUAUUCCCAUGCACAAUUUGGAGACAACAACUAUCCUGGGGGCUCAGACUGUGAGUGGGUGAUUGUGGCUGAGGAAGGCUAUGGGGUUGAACUCAUCUUCCAAACAUUUGAGAUUGAGGAAGAGGCUGACUGUGGCUAUGACUACAUGGAGCUGUUUGAUGGCUAUGAUGGAACAGCUCCGCGUCUGGGACGUUACUGUGGCUCUGGGCCUCCAGAAGAGGUCUACUCUGCUGGUGACUCCGUGAUGGUAAGAUUUCACUCAGAUGACACCAUCAACAAGAAGGGUUUCCAUUUACGGUAUACCAGCACCAAAUUCCAGGACACGCUGCACACACGGAAGUGAUCUCUCAGCCACCCAAACUCCUUCAAGUGCGAACAAGCCUUCCGUUACUUGAGAGACAGGUUUCCACUGUUUGCAAAAAAAAAAAAAAAGACAUCUAUGGAGAAAAUUCACAUAAACUGGAAGGAGAAAUACACAGUACACCUCAGAGUGUGAAACACUCACACAAAAAUAAAGGUGCUGUCAGUUGCUCAUAUGGACUAGGCUUGGGGAAGUGGGGGAAUCCUUUCGUUUAAAAAAAGUACAUCCAUUUCUGUGCCUCCUUUCUUUCUUGAGCAGAACAUCUCCAGGACUAACCACUUUGCAGCUUCUAUCUGAGUUUUGUCUGUCUCCCCCAAUCCUGAUGGUUAUGGUUUAAAAUGAAGGCAGGCAUUUUCCUUUACAAACCCCAUAAAGCAAGUUUACCAGCAGAGAUGUCUGAAAAUGCAGAACCAAACGUAGUGGAGAGGCUACUGUGCUUGCGGAAGCUGUCUGUCUGUUGUAAUGAUGUAAUAAAUACACUUUCUUGUACUUCUAAA